AUGGUGUUUUGUGAACUAGAAGAAGAAAACAGAGAUUUAUUCAAUUUAUUCACUCCAGCAGCAGUCGUUUCCGUCAUGAGUAAAUCGGUGAUGUUUGAAAUUGAGACACAACAAGGCCCCAGUUUCCGGGAAUCGAUCGUGACAAGAUACAUAGUGGCCGUCUUGGGAUCAUGGUGUGCUGAACUUGCAACAUAUCCAUUUGACUUGGCAAAGACAAGACUACAAAUACAAAACGAAGUGGCUGCUACCAAACAUGGGAUGAAGCCAAUCAGGUUGUUCAUUCAUUUGUCCGGAGUAAGGGGUCAAAAAUGGAACGUCACCCAACUACAGAUGGAAAACCGGGGCAUGGUCUUAACAGCUAUUCAUAUAUUCACGCAUGAAGGCCCUUUUAAACUGUACAGCGGUAUGUUACCGAUGUGCCACCGUCAUGUUAUUUACUCUGGAACUCGUCUAGUACUCUAUGAGCGGGCAAGAAAGGUGUUGAAGGAUGAAACUGGCAGAAUGACACUUUUCAGAACAGCGAUCAGUGGCGCGACUUGUGGUGCAAUAGCUCAACUGAUGGCGUCUCCCGCCGACCUCGUGAAAGUGCAAAUGCAGGCUGAGGGACGCCGAAUACUGCAGGGACAACCACCUCGGUUCAAAGGUUGUUUAGAGGUGUAUAGAAUGGUUUAUCAACAAAGUGGUAUUCUGGGAUUUUGGAGAGGUGCGGUGCCGAACAUGCAGCGUGCAGCAAUGGUUAACAUCGGUGAUUUGGCUGCGUACGACUACGCUAAACGAUUUCUAAUGCACGAGUUUGAAAUGAACGACAGCACGCUUGUUCACACACUGGCAGCCUUUGUAGCCGGUUUCGUUGCUGCGGUCCUAGGUACCCCCGCGGAUUUUAUUAAGACUCGCCUUAUGAAUCAGCCCGUGGGACCAGACGGAAAAGGUGCACUCUACAGGGGCACUUUAGACUGUGCCAAACAAGCAAUUCACAAACGAAGGCCUUUUAGCCAUUUACAAGGGGUUUGUGCCUAUGUGGGUUAG